UUUGUGUUCUAUUAACCAGACUAGUAUAAAAUGAGUUCGAAGAAGGGUAAGCGUAAUUUAGGUAAUAAGCACUUUCCAAUAGCUGAGUCUGUGAGUAUUGCUCUAAAGAUACAGCUGGAUAAAUUCUUAAGUGAUGAAAAUGAAACGGAACUUAAAUUUCCAACGUUUCUGUCGGCUCAAGAACGCGGGUUUAUUCACGAAACUGUCGCCAAAUUGGGUCUGAAGUCCAAAUCGCGCGGGAAAGGAGUAAACCGAUACUUGACAAUAUACAAGAGAGUUGGUUCGACCAUUAUACAGAAUGAUGCUAAGCUCAUACUGGACUCAAACAUGCGUUGUAGUAUCACAGAAUUAUUUAAUGCAUUUCCAAUUACGAGCAAAGAAAAGGAUGACUUAAGCUGCUGCCCUGAAAAGGAGCGUAGUCCGCAAUUAGCGAAUAAAACUCUAGGGCAGCUUAAUAAUGGCGUGGCACAGGUUCCUAACACGACAUAUAAUCCUGACUUGCUCAAGUUCAGGGAAAAGUUACCAGUUUAUGAGCAACGGCAAGAUUUAAUAAAUGCCAUAACACACAAUCAGGUGAUAAUAGUGGCAGGUGCAACAGGGUGCGGUAAAACGACCCAGUUGCCUCAGCUCAUACUAGACUAUUGCCAGGAGAACAAGCAACCUGCUCGGAUAUACUGCACCCAGCCCCGGAGGAUCUCAGCCGUUUCUGUUGCUGAAAGGGUAGCUUAUGAAAGAAUGGAAAAAAUAGGUCAAUCUGUCGGCUAUCAAAUCAGAUUGGAAUCACGAGUGAGUCCCCGCACCGUACUCACUUACUGCACAAAUGGUGUGUUGCUUAGAACUCUUAUGGGCGGAGAUACUGCACUCACUGGUGUGACCCACGUGCUGGUGGAUGAGGUUCACGAGCGAGACAAGUUCAGCGAUUUCCUACUGGUGGCGCUGAGGGACGCCCUGGCGCGCCUCAAGGACCUCAAGGUGUUGCUCAUGUCCGCUACCAUGGACACGCAGAUCUUCUCCAGAUACUUCAACAACUGCCCUGUAAUAACCAUCCCCGGACGUCUGCAUGAGGUCCAGCGGUACUACCUCGAAGAUAUCCUCAAGAUAACCAAAUACAGCACCAAGAGGAUGUUGCAAGUGGAACGGGAGCUGAAGGCCAAGCUCAAAAGCGGACAGAGCUACUGGUCUCAUCUUGAGGGGCAAAAGCAAAACUUGGAAGAAGUUAAUAAGGAUGAAAAAGAGCAAUUAGAUCCGGCUCUACAAGCUGAUAUGGAUGAGUUCUUGGAUGAGUGCUUCAACGAGGGUAGUUUGGACUCGUUCAGCCAGUUGCUGUACAUGUUCGUGUCGGAGGGCGUGCCGGCCUCGUGCGCGCACUCGCGCUGCGGCCGCGGGGCGCUCGCCGCCGCCGCCGCGCGCGGGCUUUCGGACGUCGCGCGGCAGCUGCUGCGGAUCGGUGCCGACCCAAACUUGAAAGAUAAAAGUGGAAAAACUCCAUACGACUACGCAGUCGAAAAUGGUCACACAGAAUGCGCUAAACUUUUAGCGACAUUUACGCACACGGAGGAAGCCAAGAAUGGCCAAGAGGAGGACACUUCCGCAGACGACUUCCUCCUAGACGUUUAUAAUCACGCUUUUUCUGAAGAGUUAAUUGACCACGACCUCAUGCUAGCCCUCGUGAGACAUAUACAUAUAACCAUGCCCAAAGGCAGCAUCCUAAUUUUCCUGCCGGGCUAUGACGACAUCGUAACUUUAAGAGAUCUGAUCCAGAGUUGUUCGGAUAUGAACGUAAUGAAAUACCAGAUAUUUACGCUACAUAGCAACAUGCAGACGUUGGACCAGAAGAAAGUGUUCAACCCCUUACCUAACGCGAGAAAAAUUAUUAUAUCGACGAACAUCGCAGAGACAUCUAUAACGAUCGAUGACGUGGUGUACGUUGUGGACUCGUGCAAAGUUAAGGAGAAGUAUUAUGAGUCGAACGGUGGUGUGUGCUCACUUCAGUGUGUGUGGACGUCAAGGGCUUGCUGUCAGCAAAGGGCGGGCCGCGCCGGUAGGACCAAACCCGGACACUGCUUCCACAUGUGUUCCAAGCGAAGAUUCAAAACUCUACCUCUAACCUCCGUACCAGAAAUAUUGAGAGUUCCUCUACAAGAAUUAUGCCUUCACACUAAGCUGCUAGCACCAGGUAAUACUCCCAUAGCAGAUUUUCUAUCAAAAGCUCUGGAACCGCCCUCGUUCUUGGCGGUACGGAACGCGGUCACUUUACUCAAGACGAUUGGGGCGUUAACACCCAUGGAAGAUUUGACAGAGAUCGGUCAACAUCUACUGGAUCUCACCGUCGAACCAAAAUUGGGAAAAAUGUUGCUUUACGCGUGUGUCAUGAAGUGCCUUGAUCCGAUUUUAACUAUUGUAUGCAGUUUAGCGAAUAAAGAACCGUUCCAGAUAUCAAUGAACCCGGAAAACAGGAAGAAGGGUGGAAUGGCCAGGAAAGAGUUUGCCGCAGAUAGCUACUCGGAUCAUAUGGCCUUGCUUCGGGCCUUUCAAGCUUGGCAGACCGCCAGAGCGAACGGUACAGAGAAAGCAUUUUGUGCGAAAAAUUUAAUCUGUGGUGCCACAAUGGAAAUGAUUGUUGGCUAUAGAUCUCAAUUAUUGGCCCAACUUAGGGCUUUAUGUCUCGUUAAAGCCAGAGGUUCCGGCGACAUAAAGGACGUGAAUUUGAACUCCGAAAAGUGGCACGUAGUUAAAGCCGUUUUAGUCAGUGGACUCUAUCCUUCUAUAGCGAGGGUAGACAGAGAUUCGUGUACUCUAAGAACAUCUAAAGAAGUAAAAGUUGCCUUCCAUCCGAGCUCUACGCUACACCGUGGCGGCGGCGUCUCGGGGUCACAAAAAUCGGUACAAAACUUGCCGACCGAUUGGGUCGUAUUUGAAGAAAUAUCGCGCGUGGGACGGUUCUGUUUCAUCCGAUGCAAUACCCUAGUAACUCCACUAACGGUGGCUCUGUUCGGAGGACCUUUAAGACUUCCAGCGGGGGCUUUAACUCAGAGAGCUAACCCCCCAGGAUUGUCGAGCGAUUCGGACAGCGAAGCCGAUGAAAAUAACUCGUCACCAGACACGGCCGUCUUAACACUUGACGAUUGGAUGGCGUUUACCGCCGAUGCGUCUGACGCUAUAAGCGUUUACUAUUUAAGACAAAAGCUCUGCGCCCUCGUUAUUCGUCGGAUGUCGAAUCCAGCGAAAUCGAUGACUCCCCUCGACGAGCAGAUAUUGACCACAGUGGUACACAUACUUGGUUCAGAAGAGAAAAACGUAGGUCUGAACCAACCAAGUGGUAUCGGACAGAGGCCGAAACCCCUCACCCUCGACUCGCCCAACUGGCGAAUGCGAGUAGAUGAAGAGCAAUAUCGCCACGAAAACAAUAAACACUACCCGCAGUACGGACAGACUGAUUACGGGAAUGGAUACUACCAGAAUAGCUACGGUUAUAGAAACGGUCAGAGGCCGGGAUGGCGGAGUCCACUGUCGCCGCUGGCCGGUGCGGUGGCCGGUCCGGCGGCCGGGCCGGGAGCCGGACCGGGUGUGGACCGGGCUAUGGAUGAUGGUAUUCGUUACUUCGUAGUAAAGGCGGAUGACGUUCACGCCGUAGAGGCAGCGCAAGCCGGCGCUGGCUUCCCUUUCUCCCCCGCAACGGCCAAGAAGCUACAGAAGGCUAAACAGGAGGGUUACCGCGUGGUGGUGUUUUUCUCUGUGGCGAGUGCGUCUAAAUUUGUGGGCGCUGCGGCUGUGGGAGACAUGGCUUCGCUCGAGUGGAUCAGUGGACAACACGCCCCCUACCACACAGUGAGGCACAUAGUGAAUUCGCUGACAGGUGGUAGCCGAGUGGCUGGUGCCCGCGAUGGCACGGAGUUAUGUGCCGGGGCGGGUCGGGCUCUAAUAACAGCGCUGGCCCCACGUCGUCGCCAUCCACACCAACAACACCAACAACACCAACAACACCCACAACACCAACAGCACUCCCAGCACUCCCAGCACUCCCAGCACUCCCAACACUCUCAACACUCUCAACACUCCCACCAUCAACCGAGACCCAUUCAAAAGCACUCCGGCGACCUGUAGUGUUACUGACGUCUAUUAACUUAUCACACACGCGCAUAUUUGUAACAUAAUCGUUUCGUCCCGUUUCUCUAUGACUAUUAAAAGUUUUUCUCUUGUUUACAGUA